UCGCGUAGCGGUCAAGGCUCCGCGGCGAACGACCGUGCCUUUAUAAAUUAAAAAAAAAGUUGCCCAAAAAAAGCGCGCGCUCCCGUAAACGUCAAAAACAGGUCGCAGAUAAUAAAUAAUAAUUUUGUUAAAAAAAAUAAAACGUUUGCAGUACAUAUUUGUAAUUUGUUAUCUAAACUUGUUAAUCAUCGACUUUUAGUACGAAUAACUGUUAAAUCCUCAGUGCCGAUGGAUAAUGAGUUCGCUGUGAUUGUGAGUCGUCUUGGUGUCCGUUAAACAGAUAUUCCAACAGUAAACAAUAUAAAAAUGCAACACCUGUAACAGAACACAAUAUGGGCCCGCCAAUUAGUACGUGGCCCUACAGCCACCCAAGUGCGCACGAAAAUGUGUCAAGUGAUAGUGAGAAAGUGUCAAGUGAUAACAACACGAACAGAAUGUGUUACAUAGUGAGAUUUGUGGACAGUUUUCGUAUCAUAUGCCUUAACUUUACAUUUGCAAUGUUGGUGAUUCAAGUGUUAUUACAUUUGCACACUGUGAAGGCAGGACCGGUGAUACUAAAUAUGGACUAUAUGCAAGGUCCGGUGCCAGUAGCUAGAAACAUAAGACACUUGCCGUGCAUAUCAAGAAGAACGGGCCAAGAGGGUUUGUGCAUGUUCGCCAUAGAUUGCCUUAAAGCUAAUGGUUCCCAUUUGGGAACAUGUAUAGACAGGUUCUACUUCGGAUCCUGCUGUCAAAUACCUGAUAAAACUUUACUUCCACAAAUAAUAGGUAAUAAUAUAGAAGAUAACACAAUUGAUAGUGGUAACUUUGUACAUCCACAAACAGAAGAUAAAGUACAGACAACAGUUAGUAAAAUACCUAAUAUAUUUCCAACAAGAAAGCCUACUAUAGAGAAAGUAACUACUGUUAAAACAGAAACUUUACAAGACAGAACUGAACCAGAUUUAGAAUUAAAGACUGAUGAUCAAACAACUAUAAACGAUGGUAAGAUAACAACAGCGGUCGCUGUAGAAACAACAACAAGGAAGCAAAUCACAAAAGCCACAACACCAGAAGUAAUUACAGAUAUACCAGUUAAAUUGUCAACGUUCCAAACUGUUUCUGGUGAUUUAACUAACUCUAUUACUGACGAACCAACUAAAUUUGAUACUACUGAGGCUCCUAAAAUAACUACAACAUCUACAACUACAACGACCACCAAACCUACUAGAAGACCAAUAAAACCUACGCACAAACCAUUCAGACCAUCAAACUUUACUAGACCCACACUACAAACCACUAGUAAACCUAGGCCAACUAAGCCUAUUCUAGUCUUCAAUACUACUAGAAAACCGCCGUAUAGGCCGCCACCUAAACGACCUUCUACUAAGAAGCCUCUGCCUUCACCACCUAGAUUAAAUAUAACUAUUUUACCUCAAUCAACUAGUACUAGACCUAUAUUUACUAGACCUUCUUUUACUACAAUCACUUAUAUUAAUACAACAUUAUCAUCUACUGAAGAACCAAUAAGAACAACAAUUUCUUCUACAUCUACUACAAUAACUACACCACCAGCAACAACUACGACUACGUCAUCAACUACGACAACUACAACAGAAAUAGUACCUUUAGUAACGGAAAGAAUAACAGAAGCAACUGAAUAUGUAACAGAGGUAUUAACAUCAUCAAAUGAACUGCCAACAACAACAACAACAACUACAUUAGCACCAACUUCAACAGUAAUCACAACAGAAGUUCCUAAAACAACUUCAACAUCGACGACUGAAUCAAUAAAAAUAACUACAUUAAUUGAGGAGUUUAGUGAAAAAGAAACACUAAAACCCGUGGUGACGGCUGAAAUUCCCUCGUCAACCGUUUCAUCAACAACAUUGUCUUCAUCGACGGAAUACCCACCAUUGGUGACGUGGUCGACCAUAGAUGCUGGCACAAAAGCUCCAGAGAAUAUUACAACAGCUUUAGAUGAAAUCUGGUCACCAAUCACACCACCCGAAGGUUGGAUUCUCAUAUCCACUAUCCCACCUACGCCCAUUACAUCUUCAACAACAACAACAACCACAACAACAACAACUACAGAAGCCCCAACAACAAUUUCUGACGCAACAACAGUUUCAGAUCUAGAAACAACUGUGAUUACAACAGAAACUAAUGAGAAACCAACAACUGAAGUGCUAUUAUCGUCUGAUGUUACAACAACAAAAACGACCACGACUACAACAGAAGCUGCGGAGAAAAUUACAGUUAUAACAACAGAAGCACCGAUACUAGAAUUUACAGUAAAUGUUACGUUGUCACCGACGAUGCCAACAACAACAACAGUGGGACCAACAACAGAAAAUGUUACAGAAGUCGCGACAACAACAACAAAUGUAACUGAUGAUACGACUGUUGCAUCUAACGUGACGACAUUAUCACCGGAUGUAGCAAAUUCGACGGUCGAAGACAAUCAAAACAUAGACGAUACCUUAAACGUGACUGACUUCAACAAUGUUUUGGCGCUGUGCGGGCGUCGGCUGGUCCCGGACGCUAGAAUCGUUGGUGGAUCUAAAUCUGCAUUUGGACAAUGGCCCUGGCAAAUAUCUUUAAGACAGUUCCGCACUACCACCUACCUGCACAAGUGUGGUGGUGCCUUGCUGAACAACAAUUGGGCUAUUACUGCGGCGCAUUGUGUUGAAAAAGUGCCCCCCUCGGAGUUGCUCGUGCGACUCGGCGAAUACGACCUCGCUAAUGAGGAUGAACCUUACAACUUCGAGGAGAGAAGAGUUCAAAUUGUGGCCAGCCAUCCGCACUUCGACCCUGCUACUUUCGAAUACGACUUGGCUUUAGUAAGAUUCUACGAACCGGCUACCUUCCGGUCCAAUAUAUUGCCGAUCUGCGUGCCGGACAACGACGAUGACUUCGUAGGGAGAACCGCGUACGUCACCGGUUGGGGCCGACUUUAUGAUGAGGGCCCACUGCCGAGCGUGUUACAAGAGGUACAAGUGCCAGUCAUCAACAACACAGCGUGUGAGGCGAUGUACAAGGCAGCCGGGUACAACGAACACAUUCCCAACAUCUUCAUAUGCGCGGGCAAGCAGCGCGGCGGCGCAGACAGCUGCGAAGGCGACAGCGGUGGUCCAAUGGUGGUAAGACGCCAACGGGAUAACAGAUUCGUGCUUGGCGGCGUCAUAUCUUGGGGCAUCGGGUGCGCGGAACCCAACCAGCCUGGCGUUUACACACGCAUAUCCGAGUUCAGAGAUUGGAUUAACCAGAUAUUACAGUUUUAGGCAAUAUGUGUUCUAGUUGUUCAUAAUUUUAGGCAGCAUGAAUUCUAGGAGUUUACAAUUUUAGACAACAUGAGUUCUAGACGUUCACAAUUUUAGGCAAGAUGAGUGAUAGGAGUUUACAAUUUUAGGCAACAUGAGUUCUAGAUGUUCACAAUUUUUUUUCUAGUUCGCAUUUUGGCAACGUCGAAUUCUUGUAGCUAAAUUAUAUAUGUUAGUGGCCUUUUACGAUCUAUUUUUGUAUAUUCUAAGUAUUCGCGAACUAAAGGGUCAUAGAAUAUGAAUGUCUUGUCUCAUAGAAAUGACAAAUUGUAUUUCAUUACAUACCCGUACUGUAGACCGAUGUUGUUGUAAACUUAUUGUUGUAAA